CUUCAAUUCUUACACCAACCAAUAUCUUUCAUCAAACUUUUUUACUGUUGCGAGAUUGGACGAAAAACAGAAAAGAGAAGCAUAAACAUCCACAACAAAUUGUGUAUCUUCCUCCAUAGAUGAACUUGGGUAACUAUGGAUAACAACAGACGUGUGGUGAUAUAUUUUGAUCACGGAGGUAGUUAUUCAGAUGUGGGAGAUGAAGUUCGAUGGAAACGGAAAGACCGACAUAUUUCUACUUUAGUGUUUACGAUGAGAAGUGACGAGGAGGUGACUUACUCUCAGUUGGUUGAUAGAAUAUGCAGGAAAAUGAAAAUUGAUGUAGCUUCGUCCAGGAUUCAGCUGAGUUACUUUCCCUUUGGAAUGGAUGAUAAGAGGCCAUGUUACAUCUUCGAUGAUGAAGAUGUUUUAGGAUAUUUAUUGGAAGUCGAAAAAAAUCAGAGGCGUAGUGUCUUGCACGUGGAGCUCAUAGAAUUUGUCUUACAAAACCAAAGUAACGAGAUGUUUUCUAGAGAUGAGGGAAUUCUUAGUGAUGCAAGAGCUAUUGAUGAUAUGGCCGGUCUUAAGGAGUUGGCGACUAUUCCUCAUAUUCAAGAGGAUGAGAAUGAGAAAGUCGAUGAAGUGGGUACUGGAAGAGAUGAUAUGGAGAAUUUGGCGGUUGUUACACCAAUUGGAACACCAGUUGUACAUUUCGAGUGGGAUGACGGUAUUGACAUGGCUUUGCACCAAGAAUUUGAAACUAAGGAUGAAGUGAGAGAUUUAGUGGACAAAGCUGUGCAUAAGAAUUGUUUUGAGGUUCAUAUAGUGAAGUCGGCGCCUCGCCUUUACGUAUUAAAGUGUCGUGGGGUUGGUUGCAAAUGGUAUGUACGAGCUGCAAAGCUGGCAAAGUCGGAUUUUUUCACUAUAAGGACAUAUCGGAAGAUGCAUACUUGCGUCAGGAUAGAGGAAAGUGCAACUAAGAAGGGGAAAAGUGGCACACCAAGCUUGGUCGCAUCUGUGCUGCAAGCUGAUUAUCCAGGAAAAUACAAGACUCCAGCACCAAAGGAUCUCAUAGAUUUGGUUAAGAACAAACUGGGUGUUACGGUUUCGUAUGCUACGGCUUGGAGGGGAAAAUACAAAGCUAUCAAUGAUAUGCGUGGUAAUCCAACAGAGAGUUUUGCUAGACUGCCGUCUUACUUGCACAUGUUGAAAAUGUUGAAUCCUGGUACUGUUACGCACUUACUAGUGGAUGAGAAGAACGAGUUUAAGUAUGUGUUCUUUGCACUCGGAGCUUGCAUUGAAGGGUUUAAUUCCAUGAGGAAAGUGAUAAUUAUGGAUGGAACUCAUUUGAAGGGUGUGUAUAAAGGAGUGCUUCUUAUUGCCACUGCUCAGGAUCCAGAUCAUCAUCAUUAUCCUCUCGCUUUUGCUGUAGUAGAUGGUGAGAAAAAUGCAAGUUGGAGAUGGUUUUUGUCUACAUUGAAAACCUUGAUACCAGAUGAUCCUCAGCUUGUAUUCUGUACUGAUAGAAACCAAAGCAUCAUCAAGACAGUACACGAGGUCUACCCACUGGCGAUCCAUGGAUAUUGCAUAUAUCACUUGGCUAAUAAUGUGAAAGGAGCAUGCAGCAAUGUUAGGAAAGAUGUGGUUGCUCAUAAGUUCAAAAAAAUUGCUGGUAUUUACACAGAAAAAGAGUUUAGAAGAAAAUAUACUGAUUUCAGAAGAAUGUAUCCUCAAGCUGCCAAGUAUCUGGAUGAGAGUGUUGAUGAGACCAAAUGGGCAAGAUGUCAAUUUCCAGGAGCAAGGUACAAUAUAGAUACAACCAACACUGUUGAAUCUAUGAAUGGUGUUUUCAAGGAAGAAAGGAAAUAUGCAUUGCUGCCAAUGAUUGAUCAGAUCGUGGGGAAGAUCAUAGAAUGGUUUAACAAAUACCGACAAAUUUCUGUAGGGGUUCCACAGAGGCAGCUACUUGUCCCACAUGUGCAUGCGGAAUUGCAUGCGAACUGUCCGAUUGCAAGAACACUUCGUGUGGAGGUGCUAAACACAUUUGAACGCACGUACAAUGUUACUGGUACGGACGGGAAAGGUUAUUUGGUUGAUUUGAUCAACAAAAGAUGUCACUGUCGGCAUUUUGAAAUUGAUCGAUAUCCUUGUGUGCAUGCACUUGCUGCUAUCAUGAAGUAUUGUAAAACUACAACAGAUGAUACACUGGAGCAGUUGGUUGAAAAUUAUUGUUCUAAGUAUUAUUGGAUGGAGCAGUGGACAUUAGCAUAUUGUAGAACAAUAUAUCCAGUGCCUCAUCAUUCAUCCUGGCAAGUUCCUCAAGAAAUACAAUCUCAGGUUGUUUUCCCGCCGUAUGUGGACAAAAAGAAAGGAAGACUACAAACUACGAGAUUUCCAUCUGCGGGAGAAUACCGGAGGAAGAGAAAGAAAACAUAUCCACCAUUCUCAGAGUGGCUUGGUGACAGCAGCGACAAAGAUGACAGCGAUAACGAUGACAUCGACUACGAAGAAAGCAACAGUGAGGGAAGUGACAGUGAGGGAAGUGGCAGCGAGGAAAGUGGCAGCGAGGAAAGUGGCAGCGAAGGAAAUGGCGACGAGAGAGGUGGCAACGAAGGAAUUGAUGAAUGAGUCUUACUUAUGUGUUAUGAAAAUUUUUUAUGUGUUUUGAGUCUUAUGUAUGUGUAAUCAAACUUAUUUAUGUGUUGUAGGACUUAUUUAUGUGUUGUGAAACUUAUUUAGAUGAUGUAGAACUUAUUUAUGUAAUGUGUUGUUUCUGAUA